AUUUUCAAAAGGAAAAUUCAACCUCAAGAUUUAAAUGUGUUUAAUUCGGAAAAUGAUCGGCAUUUUAUGUUGUGUGCGUAACUACAUUGAUCAUCGGCUGUUAUACACUCAAAAUGAUUAUGUGUAUUAGUGAAUUUGGACUAAUUGGGAGGUAUUACCCGGGCAUUCUUCAAGCGAUCAAAUUGCGGCAUAUAAAAAGGCUCGUACCCACAUUUUCUCACUUAGAACGGCUUUCGAACGCGAGAGCGAAUAGGGCUGAAAAAAGAAAUAGAAAAAUUACGUGUCUCUAAUUAAUCUAAUUUCGCCCCAUCUCGAAUCGCUUUUUUAUUUUCAUACUUUUUUAAUUUAAUAAAUAAUUCAUCAUGCCAAAGGUUGAAAAGCAAGUCGGUGAUGAUCCCGAUCCAUCUCAAUGGUUGUUUAUCUCACUCGAACAAAAGCGUAUCGAUCAAUCGAAACCUUACGAUGCCAAGAAGGCCUGCUGGGUUCCUGAUGAGAAGGAGGGCUAUGUUAUUGGUGAAAUCAAGUCAACCAAGGGUGACUUAGUAUCCGUUACAAUUCCAGGCGGUGAGACCAAGGAUUUCAAGAAAGAUUUCGUCACACAAGUCAACCCUCCAAAAUACGAAAAAUGUGAGGAUAUGUCCAAUUUGACAUACCUUAACGAUGCCUCGGUUCUCCAUAACUUGAGACAACGUUAUCUUAAUAAACUUAUCUACACCUACUCUGGCCUCUUCUGUAUUGUAAUCAAUCCUUACAAGCGUUGGCCAUUGUAUACCAACCGUGUCGCUAAAAUGUACCGUGGCAAGCGUCGUAAUGAAAUGCCACCCCAUCUUUUCUCCAUUUCUGAUGGUGCCUACGUUAACAUGUUGACAGAUCAUGAAAAUCAGUCUAUGUUGAUUACUGGUGAAUCUGGAGCUGGAAAAACUGAAAACACGAAGAAGGUUAUUGCCUACUUCGCCACCAUUGGUGCCUCCACCAAGAAGCCAAGUGAAGCUGAUGCCAAGAAGGGAUCAUUGGAAGAUCAAGUCGUCCAAACCAAUCCCGUUCUUGAAGCUUUCGGUAACGCUAAGACCGUCCGUAACGAUAACUCUUCUCGUUUCGGUAAAUUCAUCCGUAUCCAUUUCUCUGGAUCUGGUAAAUUGUCAGGUGCUGAUAUUGAAACAUACUUGUUGGAGAAGGCUCGUGUCAUCUCUCAACAAACGUUGGAACGUUCAUAUCACAUCUUCUACCAAAUGAUGUCUGGAUCAGUCCCUGGACUUAAAGAAAUGUGUAUUCUCAGUGAUAACAUUAUGGACUAUCACGUUGUAUCUCAGGGAAAAACUUCUAUUCCCGGUGUUGAUGAUGGUGAAGAAAUGGUCGGAACUGACCAAGCCUUCGAUAUCUUGGGUUUCACACAAGAAGAGAAGGACAAUGUCUACAAAAUUACUGCCGCUGUUAUGCAUAUGGGUGGUAUGCAAUUCAAGCAAAGAGGUCGCGAAGAACAGGCUGAAGCUGAUGGUACUGAAUCUGGUGAACGUGUCGCCAAAUUGUUCGGUAUUGACACACAAGAUCUUUACAAGAACUUGCUUAAGCCAAGAAUUAAGGUCGGUAACGAGUUCGUCACACAAGGUCGUAACAAGGAUCAAGUAUACAACUCCGUUGGUGCUCUCUGCAAGGGUGUCUUCGAUCGUCUCUUCAAAUGGCUCGUCAAGAAGUGUAACGAAACUCUUGAUACAAAGCAAAAGCGUGCUCAUUUCAUUGGUGUCUUGGAUAUUGCUGGUUUCGAAAUUUUCGACUACAACGGUUUCGAACAAUUGUGUAUUAACUUUACCAACGAAAAAUUGCAACAAUUCUUCAAUCAUCACAUGUUCGUUCUUGAACAAGAAGAAUACAAGAAAGAGGGUAUUGAUUGGGCUUUCAUUGAUUUCGGCAUGGACUUGUUGGCUUGUAUCGAAAUGAUUGAGAAGCCUAUGGGUAUCUUGUCCAUUCUUGAAGAAGAAUCUAUGUUCCCCAAAGCUACUGAUCAAACCUUCGCUGAGAAGUUGAUGGUCAAUCACUUGGGCAAAUCAGCUCCAUUCUUGAAACCAAAACCACCAAAGCCAGGUUGCCAAGCCGGUCACUUCGCUAUUGCUCAUUAUGCUGGUGUUGUAACAUACAAUAUCACCGGUUGGUUGGAAAAGAACAAGGAUCCAUUGAAUGACACAGUCGUCGAUCAAUUCAAGAAGGGUACAAACAUGCUCUUGAUUGAAAUCUUCGCUGAUCAUGCUGGUCAAUCAGCUGCUCCAGAUGCUGGUGGCAAGGGAGGUCGUGGUAAGAAGGGUGGUGGCUUCGCUACUGUCUCAUCAUCAUACAAGGAACAAUUGAACAAUUUGAUGGCUACAUUGCGUGCAACACAUCCUCAUUUCGUCCGUUGCAUUAUUCCAAAUGAAUUGAAACAGACCGGUCUUAUCGAUGCCAAGCUUGUUAUGCAUCAACUUACCUGUAACGGUGUGCUUGAAGGUAUCCGUAUCUGUCGUAAAGGUUUCCCCAACAGAAUGAACUAUCCAGAUUUCAAGUUGCGUUAUCAAAUCCUUGCCCCUGCUGCCAUGCAAGCCGAAAAGGACCCCAAGAAGUGCGCUGGUGUAUGUUUAGAAACAGUUAAAUUGGACCCAGAGAACUACCGUUUGGGUCACACCAAGGUCUUCUUCCGUGCUGGAGUCUUGGGUCAAAUGGAAGAAUUCCGUGAUGAACGUCUUAGCCGUAUCAUGUCAUGGAUGCAAGCCUGGGCUCGUGGUUACCUCACACGUAAGACUUUCAAGAAAUUGCAAGAACAACGUAUGGCUCUUACCGUCUGCCAACGUGCCUUGCGUAGAUAUCUUAAACUCCGCACAUGGCCAUGGUGGAAGUUGUGGCAGAAAGUCAAGCCACUCCUCAACGCAUCACGUGUUGAAGAUCAAAUUGCCAAACUUGAAGAGAAGGCACAAAAGGCCCAAGAAGCCUUUGAAAAGGAAGAGAAGGCUCGCAAGGAAUUGGAAGCUCUUAACAGCAAGUUGUUAGCUGAAAAGACUGCUCUUUUGGAUUCAUUAUCCGGAGAGAAGGGUGCCCUCCAAGACUACCAAGAAAAGUGCGCUAAGCUCACAGCUCAAAAGAAUGACUUGGACAACCAAUUGCGUGACACACAAGAACGCUUGGCCCAAGAAGAAGAUGCCCGCAACCAACUUUUCCAAUCAAAGAAGAAGUGCGAACAAGAAAUCGGUGGAUUCAAGAAGGACUUGGAAGAUUUGGAAUUGACUAUCCAAAAAUCAGAACAAGACAAGGCCACAAAGGAUCAUCAAAUCCGCAACUUGAAUGAUGAAAUCGCUCACCAAGACGAACUCAUCAACAAGUUGAACAAGGAGAAGAAGAUGCAAGGUGAGACCAACCAAAAGACAGCUGAAGAAUUACAAGCUGCGGAGGAUAAGGUUAACCACUUGAACAAGGUUAAGGCUAAGUUGGAACAAACCCUCGAUGAAUUGGAAGAUUCAUUGGAACGUGAGAAGAAACUCCGUGGUGAUGUUGAGAAGUCCAAGCGUAAGGUUGAAGGUGACUUGAAGCUCACACAAGAAGCUGUUGCUGAUUUGGAACGCAACAAGAAGGAACUUGAACAAACCAUCCAACGUAAAGACAAGGAAAUCUCAUCUCUCACCGCUAAGUUGGAAGAUGAACAAUCCUUGGUUGGCAAGCUCCAGAAACAAAUCAAGGAACUUCAAUCACGCAUUGAAGAGCUCGAAGAAGAAGUCGAAGCUGAACGUCAAGCUCGCGCUAAGGCUGAGAAGCAACGUGCUGAUUUGGCUCGUGAAUUGGAAGAAUUAGGUGAACGUCUUGAAGAAGCAGGUGGUGCCACUUCAGCUCAAAUUGAACUCAACAAAAAGAGAGAAGCUGAAUUAGCCAAGUUGCGUCGUGAUUUGGAAGAAGCCAACAUCCAACAUGAAGGUACAUUGGCUAAUCUCCGCAAGAAGCACAAUGAUGCUGUUGCUGAAAUGGCUGAACAAGUCGAUCAACUCAACAAAUUGAAGACCAAAGCUGAAAAGGAAAGAUCACAAUAUUUCGGUGAAGUUAAUGAUCUCCGUCACAGCCUCGACACAGUUGCUAACGAAAAGGCCGCCCAAGAGAAGAUUGCCAAGCAAUUGCAACACACACUCAACGAAGUUCAAGGCAAAUUGGAUGAAACCAACCGUACAUUGAACGACUUCGACGCACAAAAGAAGAAGUUGUCAAUUGAGAACUCAGAUCUCCUCCGUCAAUUGGAAGAAGCUGAAUCACAAGUUUCACAAUUGUCCAAGAUCAAGAUCUCACUCACUCAACAAUUGGAAGACACCAAGAGAUUGGCUGAUGAGGAAGCUCGUGAACGUGCCACACUUUUGGGCAAAUUCCGUAACUUGGAACACGAUUUGGAUAACCUCCGUGAACAAGUUGAGGAAGAAGCAGAAGGCAAGGCUGAUAUGCAACGUCAACUCAGCAAGGCUAACGCUGAAGCUCAAUUAUGGCGUGCCAAGUACGAGUCCGAGGGUGUUGCCCGCGCAGAAGAAUUGGAAGAAGCCAAGCGCAAGCUCCAAGCUCGUCUCGCCGAAGCAGAAGAAACCAUCGAAUCACUCAACCAAAAGUGCGUUGCAUUGGAAAAGACAAAGCAACGUCUUGCCACAGAAGUCGAAGACUUGCAAUUGGAGGUUGAUCGUGCCACAGCAAUUGCCAACGCCGCUGAGAAGAAACAAAAGGCAUUCGACAAGAUUAUUGGCGAAUGGAAACUCAAGGUUGAUGAUCUCGCAGCUGAACUUGAUGCCUCACAAAAGGAAUGCCGCAACUACUCAACAGAACUCUUCCGUCUUAAGGGAGCAUACGAAGAAGGACAAGAACAAUUGGAAGCUGUUCGUCGUGAAAACAAGAAUCUCGCUGAUGAAGUCAAGGACUUACUCGACCAAAUUGGUGAGGGUGGACGCAACAUCCAUGAAAUCGAAAAGGCACGCAAACGUCUUGAAGUUGAGAAAGACGAAUUACAAGCAGCUCUUGAAGAAGCUGAAGCAGCUUUGGAACAAGAAGAAAACAAGGUUCUCCGUGCUCAACUUGAAUUGUCACAAGUACGUCAAGAAAUUGACCGUCGUAUCCAAGAGAAGGAGGAAGAAUUCGAAAACACACGCAAGAAUCACCAACGUGCCCUCGACUCAAUGCAAGCUUCACUCGAAGCCGAAGCUAAGGGUAAGGCUGAGGCUCUUCGCAUGAAGAAGAAGUUGGAAGCUGACAUCAACGAGCUCGAAAUUGCAUUGGAUCAUGCCAAUAAGGCUAAUGCUGAAGCACAAAAGAACAUCAAACGUUACCAACAACAACUCAAGGAAUUGCAAACCGCUCUUGAGGAAGAACAACGUGCACGUGAUGAUGCUCGUGAACAACUUGGAAUCUCAGAACGUCGUGCCAACGCUCUCCAAAACGAAUUGGAAGAAUCACGCACACUCUUGGAACAAGCUGAUCGUGGCCGUCGUCAAGCUGAACAAGAAUUGGGAGAUGCUCAUGAACAUCUUAAUGAACUCUCAGCUCAAAAUGCCUCAAUUGCUGCUGCCAAGAGGAAGUUGGAAGCCGAAUUACAGACACUCCACUCAGAUUUGGAUGAAUUGUUGAAUGAAGCCAAGAACUCCGAAGAAAAGGCAAAGAAAGCCAUGGUUGAUGCUGCUCGUCUUGCUGAUGAACUCCGUGCUGAACAAGACCACGCACAAACACAAGAGAAGUUGCGUAAGGCACUUGAAACACAAAUCAAGGAAUUGCAAGUUCGUCUUGAUGAAGCCGAAACCAAUGCCCUUAAGGGAGGCAAGAAGGCUAUCCAGAAACUCGAACAACGUGUUCGUGAAUUGGAGAAUGAAUUGGACGGUGAACAACGUAGACACGCUGAUGCUCAAAAGAACCUUCGCAAGGGAGAACGCCGCAUUAAGGAACUUACCUUCCAAUCAGAGGAAGACCGUAAGAACCACGAACGUAUGCAAGACUUGGUUGACAAACUCCAACAAAAGAUCAAGACAUACAAGAGGCAAAUCGAAGAAGCAGAAGAAAUUGCUGCUCUCAACUUGGCCAAAUUCCGUAAGGCACAACAAGAAUUGGAAGAAUCAGAGGAGCGUGCUGACUUGGCAGAACAAGCUAUCAGCAAAUUCAGAGCAAAGGGACGUGGCGGUUCAGUCGCUCGCGGUGCCAGCCCAGUGCCCCAAAGACCCAACCGCCAAUUGGCUGAUGGAAUGUUCGGAUUUGAUGAAUAAAUUAACAUCUUCACGCUUCGACCUUGCUCAACGAUAAAAACAAAAACAAAAGAAAAUUUAUAAAACACCUUUUUACAAACUGUCAAAUCAUUUUCGUUUUUUUAUUAGUUUCGAGAGAGAAUCUUUUUUUAUAUUUAAUUUCAAUUAUUAUUUUAUUUUUAAUUCUUUUUUAUAUAUCAAUUCAAACAAAAAAAUUUGCGUCAUUUUCAAUUCAUCUUUUUUUUAUACAUAUACACCGAUACUAGUAGCAGAAUUUUUUGUAAAAAAUGCAACUCGUAACACCCAAAAAAAAGUGAAAGAAAAUUUUUUUCUUGUAAUAAAAUCAAAAAAAAACAGAAAAAAUAGCAAAUGAAAAUUCCAUCAAAUUUUUCAUCAAAAGAAAAAAAUAGUUAAAGAAAUUUUUUAUAUCACACACCGCAGAAAAAAAGGAAAAAACUCGAAAGCCCAAAAUGCAAAGUAAAGAAAAAAAAGCAAAUUUUCUUUAUUAUUUUAUGUUUUAAUUUUAAUUUUUUUUGUCUUCUUUAUUUUUAAACAAAAAAUGCGCCGAUGUACUAAGAUUUUUAAAGAAAAAAAAAACUAUAAUUAAAUGGGAAAGAAAUGCUAUAUAGAAAUUUUUAGAAUCGCACUUUUAAAAGUGAGAAAAAUUCUUCGGAAAAUUUUCAAUAAUGUAUUUAUUUUUCUUCGUUCUUUUUGUAAUUUUAAUUAAUAAAAAAGAUUUAAUUUAAUAUUGCACUUGUAAGUUCGGAUAGAAUGGAAUUUGAUGAUUUUGAUGAAAAAUUUAUUUUCUUUGAGAAAAAAAAUUUGAAAAAUUUUCACUUUAAAUUUUCAUUAAAAAUAAUUUUUAAAUUUCUGCGAUGAUCGCCCAAAACAAAAAGGAAAAUAUCUAUCAGAAAAAUAAACUAUUUACGCAGUUAGGAAGUUAGGAGACGACGAUAAUGUGGCAACACAUAUGAGAGAAAAUAAAAUAGAGACACAAAUAAAAUAAAAUAAAAAUCAUGAGACACGUUUUAACAUCAAAUUCAGCCCACAAUUUCAUCAAAUGACAACCUUUUGAUUUUCUAUUAGCGAAAAGUUCAUUUUUAGUAAAUUUAGGAUUUUUCCUUUUUAAAAAGAAAAAAUGAGAAAAACAAAGAAAUUUAAAACCUUUUUUAUUGUAAAUUAAUAAGUGAAAUAAUUUUUUAAUUUUUAAAUUUACAACAACAUUCUCAAUUUAUUUGUAUAAAAUAUCCUUAUAUCCGAAUUUAUCUCCGAGAGAAAAAAGUAUGUGUGAACCAUUGAACAUCAAAAAAACAUCUAAUUAUACAAAGAAAAAAAUAAAAAAUAAAAAAUACUUAUAUUAAUAAAAUCAUUUAAAUUUUUGACUUUUU